AUGGUUAAAGAAAUCACCUGUCUUUCUGAUCUACCCUUAUAUGUUCAUACAAAUCCAUAUUUAUCAACCCUCACUAAAUAUUGUAUCUUUCAGUCGCUCGCUCACUCUCUCUCUCUUUCUCACUCUCCCCCUCUCCUCUCUCCUCUCUCUCUCUCUCUCUCUCUCUCUCUCUCUCUCUCUCUCCCCUUAUGUUUUCUUAUAUUUAUAAGGUUUAUCUAUUACAGAUUAUUCACAUCUAUCUAUCUAUCUAUCUAUCUAUCUAUCUAUCUAUCUAUCUAUCUAUCUCCCUGUCCACUAUUCACAUCUAUCUCUCUAUCUAUCUACCUAUCUAUCGCAUUCUGUUCAGGUCUAUUGCAGAAUAUUCACAUCUAUCUAUCUAUCUAUGAUUCUAUCUCAUUCUCAUCCUUAUCUAUCUUUCUAUUUAACAAGAUAGCUAUCUUCCUACCUCGGUCUCUUCAGAUCUCUCGCUCUCUCUCUCUCUCUCUCUCUCUCUCUCUCUAUCUAUCUAUCUAUCUAUCUAUCUAUCUAUCUAUCUAUGUACCUUUUAAAGUAUUUACAUUUAAUGAUAAAUACGAUAUUUGA